AUGACCAAGGGCGGCCUUUCUCUAGCGUAUAUAAGCUCUUGUUGGGCAUCCAUUACCACAAGUCUUACUGCAGACGCCAAGAUGAAGUUUGUGAUCCUCGCUGCCGCCGUCGCCGCCGUGGCCUUCGCUGCCCCUAAAGCCAACCACCUGGCUGCCCCCCCAGCCUCCGCCCCGGCUGCCCCCGAAGCCUCCGCCCCCGCUGCCCCAGAAGCCUCCGCCCCGGCUGCCCCCGAAGCCCCCGCCCCGCCUGCACCCAGUACCACAGUUGUGCCCAUCCUUAAGGACGAUCGAACAAAUGACAACGAAGGAACGUUUACCGUCAACGUGGAGACUGGCAACGGUAUCUCCCUGUCCAGGUCUGGCUCCCCCACCGGUACUAACGGCUCUGUGGUCCAGACUGGACAAUAUUCCUACACAGCCCCUGACGGCACCCCAGUCAAAGUGACGUUCGUCGCCGACGAGAACGGCUUCCAGCCCCAGUCCGACAUUAUUCCAGUGGCUCCUGCCUUGCCCCACCCAAUGCCCCAGCUCGCGCUGGACCAGAUCGCUGCGGGCGGAAACGUUGUUCCUGUCGUCGAGGUCCCUGAAGAAAGGAGUGCUCCUCCGGCCUUGAUCUUGUUCUAGCUUCAGUAGCUUCUCGUGCCAGGUGUUGCCCAGCUUGCUCUGGACUGGUUGGCUUCUCUCAAUCUUCUACAGUUUUAUUUAUUUUUGUUUUAAAAUUGUGAGAAAAGUACAGCAUAUAAAAUAUAAUAUCAAGAAA